GACGCUCAAACGAGAUGGGCUCACGAUAGAGAUGACAUUUCAGAGUGAGUUUGUCAUUGUAUGACAUCUCGUGCCCAAGAUCACGUGUGUUGACAUGCUCUCAAUGACGAGGGUGACGAUACGGCAAGUGGCGGUGUGGGUGCUGACUUUGUUGGGGCGCGUCUGCUCGAUGAAGCGAUGCUCCCUUUUCAAAAUAGUCACCAUCUUAUUUUCCAUGGGUCUCACCUGGGUGACGCUCCUGUUGAUCAACGCGUCGGGUGUCGCCCUUGGAAUACGCUCUAAAAUGAACUCUGACCUGAUGGCCGCGAGGGCAGCUCGUGACGUGGGUGACCUGGCAGCCAACGAGCAACCCUUGGUUGACGAUUACCUGGUUCAAGACAACCCACUUGGGUUUUAUUUCAAUGAAAAGCUUCACGGCAACAUCCCGAUAGGUGCGCCCUUUCAGGCCGCCCCAAAGCUCGACCAUCAAAUCCCGCUGAAAAAGGUCCUGGUCUUUGUGGGGGACCUCGGGUCGCCGCAGGUCAUUGUGCUAGGUCAGUUCUUCGCGCACCAGCGGAUCGAAUACCGGACCACACUCGUCACCGGAGACGUCCCGACGUUGGUGCUCUCUGACCUCAACGUCCCCCGCUACGUGCUGCUCGUGUUCGACGAUUACGCCUCCUAUUUACGUCUGGAUGCCCGGCGUAGAUCCCUGCUGGAUGACUACUGCAAGAAAUACAAAGUCGGAAUCUUGGCGCUGACGCAGUCGAAACGGAGUUCAGAAACCGAGGUGUCGGUGGAGUUCAAGUUGAAGCUCCAGCACGGCUUGAAGUUGAAGAAGUUCAAGCUUAACACGGAAGUGGAUUUUUGGCGCGUUGCCAAGCGCGAUAUGGUGUGGUUGGAAGAUCUGCCCUCUUCUGACUGGACGAUCUUCUCGGUCAAACAUAGCACGUACAGGCCUGUAGCUUUCUCUACAGUGGAUCCCACGUGGCGUGGAUCGGGGACCAAUGUAAGCAAGCAAGAAUUUGGUUGUGUUGUUGCAUUGCACGACAGAGGUAAGUGUCGCUGUCGUCAGUAUAUCCAGAAGUCAUUGCUAUGUAAGCAACAAUUACAUGUAAACACUUGUCAUAUGACCAACACUCUCCAUUUUUUUCUUAAUACUUUAUAGGUGAAAUUUUUCUAGCUAUUUACCAGAUGCUUUCAUAAAAUGAAUGUUUGAAAUUUCACACCAUCGAAAGCGACAUUUCUUUGAGAAUUAAGAGGAGCAAUUAUUUGAUUAAACUCAUUCCUUGAUGUGGAGAAAAAAAAUAUAGUUAUUUCAACUCCAAUGGUAAAUAACGACAUGAUGGAAUAUGGUCGGGUGUUUGGGAAAGAAAUGAGACUUGAUUUAGAUAUCGUUCCAUGUUUUCUUCUUGUCUGGACAUUUGUUUGUUUAGUUUAAUAAAUUACAGGUGUGCUCAAAGUUACACAAGAUAAGAAUUAAAAAUUUAAAAAAAUUACUUCUGAAAAUGCAACGCUGUUCAUACAAUAGGCUGUCGCAGCUGUUCUUACAAUAGGCUGUCGCAGCUGUUCAUACAAUAGGCUGUCGCAGCUGUUCAUACAAUAGGCUGUCGCAGCUGUUCAUACAAUAGGCUGUCGCAGCUGUUCAUACAAUAGGCUGUCGCAGCUGUUCAUACAAUAGGCUGUCGCAGCUGUUCUUACAAUAGGCUGUCGCAGCUGUUUAUGCAAUAGGCUGUCGCAGCUGUUCAUGCAAUAGGCUGUCGUAGCUGUUCAUACAAUAGGCUGUCGCAGCUGCUCUUACAAUAGGCUGUCGCAGCUGUUUAUGCAAUAGGCUGUCGCAGCUGUUCACGCAAUAGGCUGUCGCAGCUGUUUAUGCAAUAGGCUGUCGCUCUCGCUAACAGCGUUAGUUUCAGGGUCAUGAAAGUGAUCAUUGGGAAAGUUCUUGUUUCAGAUGGCCAUGCACCUCUGACAUAUUUAAGACGGGAAGUCAUAAUGCCUAUGUUUUUGACCUAACAAACGUGUGCACAUCUUCCAGGACUUCUAGACGGGGUCGAGCGGGUGAUCCUUGGCCUAGAUCUUAGUUUCUGGCUCAACGCCAUCAUUGCUAUGGACGCCAUGACGUAUCUGACCAAUGGGAGGCUCGGGCUCCCCCUGGACCGUCUGCUUCAGAUCGACAUCGAUGACAUGUUCGUGGGUCACACAGGCAUUCGGACACACGCCAGGGAUGCUGAGGUACUUGGGGGUCUUUAAAUAAUUUCAUUAAUCUUCUUUAAUGUCAUACAUCAACUUGACAUAUGGAAACAAAUCAAUUAUAGCUGAGCCAUUGUUUACGUAAACUAAAUUUAGAAAAAAAAUAUCUUGACAUCAUCAUACUCUUGUCAGUGGCGUUGCUAGGGUUAGCAAUAAUUUUGCCUUCCUCCUUAUAAGAAAAAAACUCUGCAUUUGGCCUAAAAUUCCUACCGCCAUUUAAAGAAAAUUGCUGACCGAGGAUGACCACAACCUUUGCAACCCUUCCCAUGGGCGCCGGCAGAAAACUUUCUGGGGGGAGGGGGGGGCAAAAAAUCGAUUAACUUUCCAGGGGGGGGGGAAUUUUUUUAGUAAUGUUUUAAUGUAGUUUUAAUUUUCUGUAGCGUAUUUGUAUGGUGAACGAACGGACAGGACAAAAGCUUAGGUACUUUCUUUUUAUUUUUUCUUUUCCGGCAGAAAACUUUCUGGGGGGAGGGGGGGGCAAAAAAUCGAUUAACUUUCCAGGGGGGGGGGAAUUUUUUUAGUAAUGUUUUAAUGUAGUUUUAAUUUACUGUAGCGUAUUUGUAUGGUGAACGAACGGACAGGACAACAGCUUAGUUACUUUCUCUUUAUUUUCUCUUUACUUAAAUAAAUUGUUUGUCUAUUUUUGUCUAAAAAAAUUUUAUCCAAUCAAUCCAGGGGGGGAGCAACUGCCCCCUUGCCCCCCCCCCUGCGGGCGCUCAUGCCCCUUCCUACACCACUACCCCUUAAAAAACACAUGUCACUUACGAAUUAAUGAAACUAUUAAAUUUCCUUGUUGUUUUGAGAACCCUCGUGAGGACGGCAUAUUUUUUUUCCAAGGAAAUGGUGGCCAGUCAGAACAGAAUUCGUCAUUAUAUUCCAAACUUCAGUUACUUCUUGGGAUUUUCCGGUGGCUGGUUCUUGGCAGGGACGCCCCUGGAACAGUCCGGAGACAGAAGACUUGUAGGUAGGUCAUAGACACAUUGAACAUUGGUUGUUGGCAGGGACGCCCCUGGAACAUGCCAGAGACAGAAGACUUGUAGGUAGGUCAUAGAAAGAUUGAACAUUGGUUGCUGGCAGGGACGCCCCUGGAACAGGCCGGAGACAGAAGACUUGUAGGUAGGUCAUAGACACAUUGAACAUUGGUUGUUGGCAGGGACGCCCCUGGAACAGGCCGGAGACAGAAGACUUAUAGGUAGGUCAUAGACACAUUGAACAUUGGUUGUUGGCAGGGACGCCCCUGGAAAAGGCCGGAGACAGAAGACUUGUAGGUAGGUCAUAGACAGAUUGAACAUUGGUUGUUGGCAGGGACGCCCCUGGAACAGGCCGGAGACAGAAGACUUGUAAGUAGGUCAUAGACACAUUGAACAUUGGUUGUUUGAGGAUUUCAAUUUGAUCAGGUCAUUAAGAAGAAGAAAAAAAAUUUUGCUAGAGGUUGCCAAUGCGAGUAGUAGGUCAUUGGCAGACAGGUCAAAGGUUAGUGGCAGACAGGUCAAAGGUUAGUGUUAACAGGUUAGGUCAAAUAAAUAAAAGUAAAAACUUAAAGUGAUUUCAAUUUCUGAUGUUUAAAGACAAAAAAACUGUUUCCAACUAGAGCUGGCUGAACACUUCCAGUGGUUUAACCACAUGUACCGGCAUGAGCAGCCGCACACUCAGAACGGGUCCAUCUUCAAAUUGUCCUUGGACAACAAUACAAUAUUUGCUGAGGUAAGAUCAUAGGGUGAAACUUUGAUGUGUUCGAUCAGACUUGUAAAGAUAGGGUGACACUCUUGAUGUGUUAGAUCAUACUUGUGAACAUAGGGUGACACUCUUGAUAAGAUAAGAUAAGAUUAGAUUCUUUUAUUGAUCCAAAUAAAUGGAAAUGUUUUUUGAUUGCAUUGUACACUUUCAGCACAUAAAUAAAACAAUUUGAACGCAAGACAUUUAUAAUAAACGAUUAAAGUAGUAAAAAAAAAAGAGCCGUUCCGUGAAUUUCCUUUGCCAAAUCGGGGACUUAAUUAGUUCCCAUUCAGAUGUAUGACUUCAGGAGGGAGCACGCUGGUAAAUUCAUACAGAUUGGGGAACAAAAGAAUGUUUCGAUCUUUCAGUCCUCGCCCUGACGGAAAGGAUUCGUCCCGAACGGCCCGAUCCUAAGUUUUUGUGAUGAAGAGGGUGGGAUGUAUCAGCCAAAAUGUGUUUAGUUUUACAAUAACAUCUUUCUUCAAAUAGUUCUUCAAGUGAAGGAUAUUUAGUUUGUGUUAUGUUCUCAGCUUUCUUGAUUAGUCGGUUUAUGCGGUGUUUUCAUAUCAGAAGUUGAACUCCCACACCAGGAGAUGUGUUAGAUCAGUGCUGUCCAACAUUUUUGACUUUGUGGGCCACACUAAAAAUGUCCGGCCGACCGAGGUCCAAUAAGGACACCUCAGGAGAAAAGUGUUAUUAUUAUUAUUACUGCUUACCUUAUGCAUAAAGAGUAACAUUAUAUCCAAUGGCAGUGUUGGCUUAUCAAGAAUAUAAGUAAUACGAAUAAAAACUGUAGCAAUUUUUAAUGAUAUAUUUUGCUUUGAAUUGUUCUUACAGUGUUCUUAAUUUGAUGAAGUUAGGAGUAGCACCUGCCCUCAUUUGGAUUUUCUAAAUGUUCAGCGGGGAAGUAAAAGCGUUUCAGACCAUGCUGGUCUUUACAGAGAAUCCAGGUUCAUUGAUAAGGUGCUUCCAAGAACAUGGUCAACCUUUUGUUACAACAUUCUCAUAGUUGUGGAAAUUUAUCAGAAGAAUGUUUCAUUUUAAGUCAUCUAUGAUUUAUUUGGCCAUGCAUUCUUAUGUUUGGAUAUUUUUAAAAAAAACUCCUCCUGACUGAAUUGCACUGACUACAAACAAACACAGGUUGUAUCCUGCUUUCUAUUCAUUGUACAUCCCGUACUCAGUUAUAUGUAUACCAGGUACUUGUCACCAACGUCACAAAAAAUACAGGGAGACGAGCUCUCUCACAGCUGACUAGACUUCCUGUUUCAAUAACAUGGUGUCAUAAAUGGUUCACACUGCCCCUCGUAGUCGUUCUGUUGUGACACUUUAAACAUGGUGUCAUAAAUGGUUCACACUUCCCAACGUAGCCGUUCUGUUGUGACACCUUUAACAUGGUGUUAUAAAUGGUUCACACUGUCCCUCGUAGUCGUUCUGUUGUGACACCUUUAACAUGGUGUCAUAAAUGGCUCACAAUGCCCCUCGUAGUCGUUCUGUUGUGACACCUUUAACAUGGUGUCAUAAAUGGUUCACAUUGUCCCUCGUAGUCGUUCUGUUGUGACACCUUUAGUAUCCCCAUCCCUUCUCGAUUACUCUGACUCCAAGACUUUCUUGGCAGUAGUUAAGUCGCAAUGCCUACUUAUCUAUUGCAUCCAUCUUGGUACCGUUGUGUGGGGACAUGGUCAUUGCUACAUUGCCCCAAAUAGCUCAUACCGGUACAUGUCAAGUUACUUUUGGUUUCCCAACUUAAGCUCCCCAACGCCGUCAGUAAUUAAUUAUACCCGACACCAUGCGACAAGCAACGGAAAGAAAGGGAAGAUAGCAUUCGAUUUCAUAUCACCCUGGUUCCCAAAAGUUGCUACGCUGAUGUGCUUAACAUAAAUUACUUCUGCCUGUUAAGCCAUCCCCCGCUCCUCAGCAUGUGUGACCUCCCCUUCUCCAUGUUACAACUUUGCAUGCACAGGUACUCUUACUUGACUUUCCAACAACAAUGAAUUAAUAAAUGUGCUUUGAAAAUAGUUUUACACUAAAGUAAAAUAUUUUUACACACAUCACAAAAAUGUCUGAAGCAGUGGGGGGCCAUUUAAAAUCAACACGUUGGCCAUGGGUUUAGACAGCACUGUGUUAGACUGCUCGGGUUUUUUGAGUAGUUCAGGGUUUUGGGUCAGUUGUUAUUUUAAGGAUGUGGGGUUUAUAGGGCGUUCGGGUUUUGGGGGUGAGUUAGGGUUUUGGGGGUGAGUUAGGGUUUUGGGGGUGAGUUAGGGUUUUGGGGGUGAGUUAGGGUUUUGGGGGUGAGUUAGGGUUUUGGGGGUGAGUUAGGGUUUUGGGGGUUGAGUUAGGGUUUUGGGGAUUUUGGGUUUUUGGGGGUGAGUUAGGGUUUCGGGGAUUUUGGGGUUUUUUUUUUUGUUGUUCAUUUUUUUUCCCUUCAGAAACACAAGAUACGUGUCGUGAAAGACUACAUGGUGACACCUCAUCACUCGGGGGUGUAUCCUGCCUUGGAGAUGGUGUAUGACGAAUGGAUUAAAAGGGGCGUGGUCUGCAGCAGUACAGAGGAGUAUCCCAGUAUAACACCGCAGUGGGGUCGGCGAGGUUUUAUCCACAGAGGAAUUAUGGUAGGGUGUUUGUUUUGUCACUGUGAUCCCAGUGGUGGCCUGGGGUGAGAUCCCAGUGGUGGCCUGGGAUGAGAUCCCAGUGGUGGCCUGGUGUGAGAUCCCAGUGGUGGCCUGGUGUGAGAUCCCAGUGGUGGCCUGGUGUGAGAUCCCAGUGGUGGCCUGGUGUGAGAUCCCAGUGGUGGCCUGGUGUGAGAUCCCAGUGGUGGCCUGGUGUGAGAUCCCAGUGGUGGCCUGGUGUGAGAUCCCAGUGGUGGCCAGGUGUGAGAUCUAACAAGGGUUAGUGUUACCAAGUUAUGGCACUAGGGUUUGUGCUACCCAGUCGCGUGGCGUCACUAGGUUUGGUAUUACACAGUGACGUCACUUUGUUUGGUGUUACUCAGUGCGUCAUGGGUUGGUGCUACCCAAUGAGAUAAGCCCAUGGUGACAACCUCUUUGACAGACUUCCUUUUGGACCUGAGUCUGACUGCUCUGGUGACAACCUUUCUGUUUGCAGCCUGCUCUGAUGACAACUUCCUCUUGUGCCAAUCUACUCAGAUGGCACCCUUCUCUACCUCAUUACACCCUGAUCUGGUGACAAGCUCUGACACCCCUUUUGUUAAAGCAACAUGCGAUGGUGAGACAUUGUUCUUGGGUGCAACCUGAUAUUGUAGUACCCUGAAUUAUUGACAACCUGCUCAUGUUCUUGUAUUAACAAUGUCAAAUGAGCAAUUUUCCAUUUGGAAUCACUUCCCUCCUAUGAAGGUGGUGUCAUCAGGAACGCUCCGCUCCCUUAGUGACGCAUCUGUUUAAAUAUCACGUGACCAUAUUUAGUAUGGUACAAUAUCAAACUCUCUGAAUUAUUUUCUGAUCUUUUUACAUUGAAAUUUUAGAUUAGUUGAUAAUCCAUGUUAAGUUGUAGUUGAAUUAGGUUGUUUCCUGAUGAAAAGCCAAUUCAAAGUUUUGAUUUUAAAAUGUUAUGAGGGCCCAUUCGAAGACUAGUGUAACAGGAGCCAAAAUGAUCGAUACAUUGAUCGUGGGCCCUUAAGAUAUAGAGUAAUCAUAAUUGAGCGAUAUGUAAGUUACCAUUACCAAUUGCCUAAUCAUAAUCCUACUUUAAGUAAGCUGUGCUUACAUAAGGGAUCGUUAAUAAAAUGUAUUACUGAAUGAAUAAAAGUACAUAACUUUUUGAAUGUUAAUUAACAUUCUUAUAUUUCUUACAAUUAUUUUGAAUAUAAAAAAACAUUGUAACACUUUGAGUGGGGUAGGGAUGGGUAUAUAGUUCCAGAGGGCGGGGAACAAAGUGGGAACCGCUGAUCUACACUAAAACUGUCUUGUCUGUCUUGUAGGUGGUUCCCCAUCAAACUUGUAGACUCUACACUACAACUGUCUUGUCCGUCUUGUACGUGGUUCCCCAUCAAACUUGUAGACUCUACACUAUAACUGUCUUGUCUGCCUUGUAGGUGGUUCUCCAUCAAACUUGUAGACUCUACACUAUAACUGUCUUGUCUGCCUUGUAGGUGGUUCCCCAUCAAACUUGUAGACUCUACACUAUAACUGUCUUGUCUGCCUUGUAGGUGGUUCCCCAUCAAACUUGUAGACUCUACACUAUAACUGUCUUGUCUGCCUUGUAGGUGGUCCCCCAUCAAACUUGUAGACUCUACACUAUAACUGUCUUGUCUGCCUUGUAGGUGGUUCCCCAUCAAACUUGUAGACUCUACACUAUAACUGUCUUGUCUGCCUUGUAGGUGGUUCCCCAUCAAACUUGUAGACUCUACACUAUAACUGUCUUGUCUGCCUUGUAGGUGGUCCCCCAUCAAACUUGUAGACUCUACACUAUAACUGUCUUGUCUGUCUUGUAGGUGGUCCCCCAUCAAACUUGUAGACUCUACACUAUAACUGUCUUGUCUGUCUUGUAGGUGGUUCUCCGUCAAACUUGUAGACUCUACACUAAGACUGUCUUGUCUGUCUUGUAGGUGGUUCCACGUCAAACUUGUAGACUCUACACUACAACUGUCUUGUCUGUCUUGUAGGUGGUUCCAUGUCAAACUUGUAGACUCUACACUAAAACUGUCUUGUCUGUCUUGUAGGUGGUUCCCCGUCAAACGUGUAGACUCUACACUAAAACUGUCAAUUUUGAAGACUACCCUGGCGGCAAAGAGCAGCUGGACUACAGCAUCAGGGGAGGAUUUCUCUUCAAUCUAUUCCUAAGUACACCGGUGAGUUGUCAGGGUCAAGGGAAACAAAUUGUUUAGGUAACCUUUCGGGUGAUAAUAAACAAAAUGUCAAUGUCCCUAGGUGCUCCACACAUGAUCACCACAUCUAGGUUCCCAUUUGCUGAUAUACAUAACUCAUAUGUCAAUGUUCCUAGGGGAUACACUCAUGCCCACCAUAUCUAUCUUCCUAUGAAAUAAUGACCCCUAUGUGUUUCCACACAGGUGAUGAUAUUCAUGACCCAUAUGUCAAACUACGCCAAUGACCGACUUGCCAUGUACGCCUUUGAGAAGGUCAUUGAGUUCGUGCUGACCUGGACCAACCUCCGUCUACUGUCCCCACCGCCAGCUGAGAUAGCCAGGCGUUAUUUCUCGAUGUAUCCACAGGAAAUCAAUCCCGUGUGGACAGUAGGUUGUGUCAGUGAACUAUGUGUGGACAGUAGGUUGUGUCAAUGAACUAUGUGUGGACAGUAGGUUGUGUCAAUGAACUAUGUGUGGACAGUAGGUUGUGUCAAUGAACUAUGUGUGGACAGUAGGUUGUGUCAGUGAACUAUGUGUGGACAGUAGGUUGUGUCAAUGAACUAUGUCUGGACAGUAGGUUGUGUCAAUGAACUAUGUGUGGACAGUAGGUUGUGUCAGUGAACUAUGUGUGGACAGUAGGUUGUGUCAAUGAACUAUGUGUGGACAGUAGGUUGUGUCAGUGAACUAUGUGUGAACAGUAGGUUGUGUCAAUGAACUAUGUGUGGAACGUAGGUUGUAUCAAUGAACUAUGUGUGGACAGUAGGUUGUGUCAAUGAACUUUGUGUGAACAGUAGGUUGUGUCAAUGAACUAUGUGUGGACAGUAGGUUGUGUCAAUGAACUAUGUGUGGACAGUAGGUUGUUUCAAUGAACUAUGUGUGGACAGUAGGUUGUGUCAAUGAACUAUGUGUGGAAAGUAGAUUGAGUCAAUGAAAUAUGUGCAGACAGUAGGUUGUGUCAAUGAACUAUGUGUGGAACGUAGGUUGUGUCAAUGAACUAUGUGUGGACAGUAGGUUGUGUCAAUGAACUAUGUGUGGACAGUAGGUUGUGUCAAUGAACUAUGUGUAGACAGUAGGUUGUGUCAAUGUAAUAUGUGAGGACAGUAGGUUGUGUCAAUGAAAUAUGUGUGGACAGUAGGUUUUGUUAAUGAACUAUGUGUGGACAUAAGUUGUGUCAAUGAAAUAUGUGUAGACAGUUGGUUGUGUCAAUGAACUAUGUGUGGACAGUAGGUUGUGUCAAUGAACUAUGUGUGGACAUAAGUUGUGUCAAUGAAAUAUGUGUAGACAGUUGGUUGUGUCAAUGAACUAUGUGUGGACAGUAGGUUGUGUCACUGAUAUAUGUGUGGACAGUAGGUUGUGUCAAUAAACUAUAUGUGGACAGAAGGUUGUCCUAGGGAAAUAUAUGUGUGGAUAGUAGGUUGUGUCAAUGUAAUAUGUGAGGACAGUAGGUUGUGUCAAUGUAAUAUUUGAGGACAGUAGGUUGUGUCAAUGAAAUAUGUGUGGACAGUAGGUUGUGUGAAUGAAAUAUGUGUGGACAGUAGGUUUUGUCAAUGAAAUAUGUGAGGACAGUAGGUUUUGUCAAUGAAAUAUGUGAGGAAAGUAGGUUUUGUCAAUGAAAUAUGUGAGGACAGUAGGUUUUGUCAAUGAAAUAUGUGAGGACAGUAGGUUUUGUCAAUGAAAUAUGUGAGGACAGUAGGUUUUUUCAAUCAAAUAUGUGUGGACAGUAGGUUUUGUCAAUCAAAUAUGUGUGGACAGUAGGUUUUGUCAAUGUAAUAUGUUAGGACAGUAGGUUUUGUAAUGUAAUAUGUGUGGACAGUAGGUUAUGGAUUAUGUGUUGAUAUUAGCUGUGUUUAAGAAAAAUGUUGGACAGUAAGUUGUCAAAUUUGUUCUCAGUCGUGGAUAUGAUGGGAAGUCUAGUAAAAUUAAAACUUUAAAUUUGGCCUCCUCCAACCUUCGUGAGACGGAGUAACUAUGGGCACUUCAUUAAAUGACUAAAGAGGCCAAUCCUGGAAUGACAGUCUCGGUUGCCCUCAUCGCAGGUGAACAUUGACGCCUGAUUAAAAUGUGACCUUCCUUAAUGCACUUGUUGUUGCAAGGGGUUCGAAUCGCGCAUCUGCUGCCUUUUUGACUCCUUCAUAUACUACUGUUCGCCAGCUGGAACGUUUCUUCAGCGAUAAGCUCCCAUUCGUUGAGCUCUAUGUUGGCUUCCGUCAAGCUCCUUUUAUAAACAUCAAUAAAUUGCAGCCGUUGCCGCCCAUUGAGUGUUGUGCAUGCUGCCUACUCUCCAUACAGCAGCUUCUUUGUGAUACGGCCUUCGUCCAUUCUCCUCACAUUGCCUAACCAGCGAAGGUGCCUCUUGCUAAGAGCGGAGAAUAUGCUAAACAUUUUUUGCACGUCUCUGUGUUAAGCACCUUGUCCUGUCAUCGAAUGCGUAAAAUGCUACGCAGACAUCUUAGAUGGAAGCUGUCGAGUUUCCGCUCAUGACUGGCAUGUGUGGUCCACACUUCACUGCCAUAUAUGGGCGUACUAAGCACGCAUGCGUAAUGGACGCUCAGUUUUGUACGUUCCGUUAGUUUAGGAUUAUUCCACACCCGCUUGUUGGAUAGUUCAGAUAUUAAAUUAUGUCCACCAGAACCCAUGUGACUCCGAGAAACACAGAGAAAUUUGGCCUGAAGAGAAAUCUUGCAGAAGGCUGCCAAAACUCAUCAUUGUGGGUCCUCAGAAAACAGGUAAUGUUCAGAUACUUGGUAUGGAAAAAAAAAAUGGAACAAAAUUAACAAAUAUACACUACUCAAAAAAUAUAAUGUCCGAAAUAUUUGAUUGUGGUUCCUUAGAAAAACAGACAAUGUCAACAAACAAAAAAAAGAGCAUUGAUGGACUUUUAAUUCCAUUAUAUCCCAUAAUUUCAGGAACUACAGCUCUUCUCAGAUUCCUGGAAGCGCAUCCCUCACUGAAGAGCAGCAAACAAGAUCCUGUUUACUUUGAGGAGAUUCAGUUCUUUAUUGGCAAAAACUACCUCAAUGGACUCGAAUGGUUGGUCCCUUGAUUAAUAGUAAUGUAGGCAAACACUCUUAGAGACUGACAGAAAAUAGUUUAAAAAUUAUAUUACAUGUUGAACAAAAAAGAAAAACCAAAAGCAUGCGUUUAUAUAUAUUUCCAAGUUUUACCAGAGUCAAAAUGAAAUUCAAUAACUCUUUUUAGAAAGGUCUAUGUAUUUUUUAUGGAUUUUUCAAAAUUGGUAUUUUUGUUACAAGUCGUACAUAACAGGCAAAUUUAUGUUAAGAAGACAUGCCUUGUUUACAAAAUACAUUCAUAUAUUUAUUAGUGUGCAAUUUUAUCUGAGGGAAUUGUAUAAAAAAUAAAAUUUAAAUUCCCAAUAUUCUAAUUUCCUCUCCGAUAUACUUAAAUUUUAUUUUUUUUACAAAUUCCAAACAAUUUAUGUUUCACUACUCCCAAAAAAUGGAGUUUGCAAGAUAAUCGAAAUGCUAAUCGUGUUGAUUUUUUUUUUUUAACAGUUGUUUAUACAUAUAUUUUUUAUACCGACUUAUCUAAAAACAGACUUUUUUUAAAUGCGUUCAAAAAGCUGGUGAAGAUUGUUUUCUUACUGUAAUAUUAAAAAGAGAUAAGUCAUUUCGGAUUUUAUAAAUAUAGUUUAUGCAUUUUAUUUUAUUUUUUUUAAAACAACAUUUACUCUGUUGUUCCCGAAACUGUGUUACGAAAUAAGAAACAUACUCGAUUUAUUCAUUUUUGAUGAAAUGUCCAACAUUUGUAUGCAACUGUUUAAUUCCUACUUUAAAAAAAAAUUAAAUGUCCAUUUUUAAAAAAGUUUUCAUUUUAUCUAACUCAAUAGACAUGGGUGGAAUCGAUUACAUUCAAAUUUAGGCUUAAAUCGAAAUGAAAGACCUUCAUAUCGAUGUAAAGUUAGUUUAAUACAGUGUUAUUAAAGUCUUUCAACUAAUGAAGCUGCAAAAUAUAAAUUUUAAAAAUACCAAUUUAUCCGAAUAAUAAAAAGUAUUUUUUCGCUUAUGAUCACUAGCAGCCAAUCUUCAAAAUAAUGCGAUAUUUAUAAUCGAAAUCUGUAAGCCUGUAUCAAAAUUAACCUGAACGCUAUGGAUCAAUAUAUAUUGAACGCAGCGAUAUUUUAUUGGUUCCAUUGAUUGUAAUCGGUGAAAGGCGAGCAUUUCUAUUACUUUCUAAAAAGUUUCUAAAAAUAACAUUUAGUCGUUCUUUUUGGUACGAAAUUAUAGUUGGUUAUAUUUUUUUUUCGUGGGGGGGGGGGGCGGCCUGCACUCCCCCCCCCCCCCCGGAGGUAUGCCUGAAAGAAACCCUGCUGUAACGAUGACAGCCUUAAUUAAAUUGACGGCCUAGAACUUAGCCUAAAUUGGUUACUGACCACCUCAUUCACAAAGCCUCUGUCGUUGAGAGUGCCAUCCCCUUGUCUGUCGUUGAGAGUGCCAUCCCCUUGUCUGUCGUUGAGAGUGCCAUCUCCUUGUCUGUUUGAGAGUGACAUCUCCUUGUCUGUUGUAUCUUUGUGGCAGGUAUCAGGAGCAUUUCCCCGAGCCAAACGAUCCCCGAACCAUUCUGUUUGAGAAGAGCGCCAACUACUUUGACAAUGAGCUGGCUCCCAAGAGAAUCUACGCCUUGUUGCCGAGGGCCAAGAUCGUCAUCAUCGUCAGCGAGCCAGCCAGGCGAGCUUACUCUUGGUAUCAUGUGAGUUCCGGCCCUUGGAAUGUAAUCCCUAUGUAGCAUCUAAAGAGAUUUUGCUUAUCGUGGACAUUAAUUACUUUCAUGAAUAAAUGUAAUGAGUAAAUAUUAAAUAUGUAUAAAGUUCACCAGCACAUGACCCAGUUACUCUUUAUCUCCAGCACAUCAGUGGCGUGUCUAGGAUUGGUGCCACCCGGGGUGGGCCAAGCUUUUAGCCACCCCUUCGUCAAAGAAAGACCUGCAAUUGGCCGAAAAUGCCACCCUCAAAUAUAAAGACAAAAAUGCCACCCCUCCAGCACCCCUUCAUGCACCCCCAUUCUGCACCCCCUUCCAGCGCCACUGCAUCACAUGCAAUCACACUAUGAUCCAGUAAAUUUAUAUCCCCAUCACAUGUGGUCGCAUGAUGACCCAGUUGUCUUACAUCCCCAUCACAUGUGGUCACAUGAUGACCCAGUUGUCUUACAUCCCCAUCACAUGUGGUCACAUGAUGACCCAGUUGUCUUACAUCCCCAUCACAUGCGGUCACAUGAUGACCCAGUUGUCUUACAUCCCCAUCACAUGUGGUCACAUGAUGACCCAGUUGUCUUACAUCCCCAUCACAUGUGGUCACAUGAUGACCCAGUUGUCUUACAUCCCCAUCACAUGUGGUCACAUGAUGACCCAGUUGUCUUACAUCCCCAUCACAUGAGGUCACAUGAUGACCCAGUUGUCUUACAUCCCCAUCACAUGUGGUCACAUGAUGACCCAGUUGUCUUACAUCCCCAUCACAUGUGGUCACAUGAUGCCCCAGUUGUCUUACAUCCCCAUCACAUGUGGUCACAUGAUGACCCAGUUGUCUUACAUCCCCAUCACAUGUGGUCACAUGAUGACCCACUAAUGUUACAUUACAUUCCCAGCACAUGUGGUCACAUGAUGACCCACUAAUGUUACAUUACAUUCCCAGCACAUGCGGUCACAUGAUGACCCACUAAUAUUACAUUAAAUUCCCAGCACAUGCGGUCACAUGAUGACCCACUAAUGUUACAUUACAUUCCCAGCACAUUUGGUCACAUGAUGACCCACUAAUGUUACAUUACAUUCCCAGCACAUGUGGUCACAUGAUAACCCACUAAUGUUACAUUACAUUCCCAGCACAUGUGGUCACAUGAUGACCCACUAAUGUUACAUUACAUCCCCAUCACAUGUGGUCACAUGAUGACCCACUAAUGUUACAUUACAUUCCUAGCACAUGCGGUCACAUGAUGACCCAGCAAUGUUAUACCCCCAGCACAUGCGGUCACAUGAUGACCCAGUAAUGUUAUACCCCCAGCACAUUCGGUCACAUGAUGACCCAGUAAUGUUAUACCCCCAGCACAUGCGGUCACAUGAUGACCCAGUUGUCUUACAUCCCCAGCACAUGCGGUCACACGAUGACCCAGUUGUCAUGAACUACACGUUCUUCGAAGUGGUCAGCGCACCAGAGACUGCCCCGAGGUUCCUGAGAGAUGCCAGGAACCGUUGUCUGAAACCUGGCAUGUAUGCCGUCCACCUGGCCAGGUGGCUGCAGUUCUUCCCCCAGCAACAGGUGAGAUCUUUGCCACGCACACGAGGUAACUGAUACACGGGUGAGGUAACUGAUACAUGGGUGAGGUAACUGAUACACAUAUGAGAUAAAUGAUACACGGGUGAGGUAACUGAUACACAUAUGAGAUACGUGAUACACAUGUAAGGUAAGUGCUAAUCAGGAGAGGUACAUGAUACACAUGUAAGGUAACUGAUACAAGGGUGAAGUAACUGAUACAAAUGUGAGGUAACUGAUACACAUAUGAGAUAAAUGAUACAUAUGUAAGGUAAGUGUUAAUCAGGAGAGGUACAUGAUACACAUGUAAGUUAACUGAUACAAGGGUGAGGUAACUGGUACACCGAAAAAGGUAACUGAUACAAAGGUGAGGUAACUGAUACACAUUAUGAGAUAAAUGAUACACAUGUAAGGUAAGUGUUAAUCAGCAGAGGUACAUGAUACACAUGUCAGGUACUGAUACAAGGGUGAGGUAACUGAUAAAAAAGGUGAGGUAACUGAUACACACAUGAGAUAAAUGUUACAAAGGUCAAAUAACUGAUUCCCGGGUGAAAUAUUGAAUACACAGGUGGGUUAAACGAAAUUCACUUUUAAGUUAAUCGAACUGCAAGCGAUCUGACUGAUAAGGAUGUGAAAUCACGAAACAUGACUGCUACAGGAUGCAUCAAAACCCCACAUAACAUUACUGCUAUACCGGUUGCGAAGACUGUUAGGCAGCUGAGGUGAUUACUAAUCACGUGAGAUGAUUACUAAUCACGUGAGACGAUUACUAAUCAUGUGAGAUGAUUACUAAUCACGUGAGAUGAUUACUAAUCACGUGAGAUGAUUACUAAUCACGUGAGAUCACUGCUUUAAGAUUUACAUCGUCAUUUUGAUCAGUAAAGGUGUGUGGAAUUUUUUUUUUCAAUGAACACUUACCCGGUACUACGAAAUAACACAUCUCACAGCAUCUCAAAACUCCCGAAAUACUCAUUGUAUAAUAUCAGUAAUCAGUACAAUAGAUGCAUUUGUUUUUCUCAGUGCGGGUACCAUUCAAUCUCUACAUAUCCUUGUUUUAUUCCAGAUCCUUCUCAUUGACGGCGACCAACUGUCCAAAGAUCCAAUCACUGUCUUAAACAAUCUGCAGAUAUUUGCUGGGGUGCAACCUUUCAUAGACUACAGCGGCAAGCUAGAGUAAGUGCCCAUUGAUGGUGGCAAGCUAGAGUAAGUGCCCAAUGUUGGUGGCAAGCUAGAGUAAGUGCCCAUUGAUGGUGGCAAGCUAGAGUAAGUGCCCAAUGUUGGUGGCAAGCUAGAGUAAGUCCCCAAUGUUGGCGGAAAGCUAGAGUAAGUGCCCGUUGAUGGUGGCAAGCUAGAGUAAGUGCCCAAUGUUGGUGGCAAGCUAGAGUAAGUGCCCAAUGUUGGUGGAAAGCUAGAGUAAGUGCCCAAUGUUGGUGGAAAGCUAGAAUAAGUGCCCAAUGUUGGAGGAAAUCUAGAGUAAGUGCCCAAUGUUGGUGGCAAGCUAGAGUAAGUGCCCAAUGUUGUCAAAAAGCUAGAGUAAGUGCCCAAUGUUGGCGGAAAGCUAGUGUAAGUGCCCAAUGUUGGUGGCAAGCUAGAUUAAGUGCCCAAUAUUGGAGGCAGGCUAGAGUAAGUGCCCAAUGUUGGCGGCAGGCUAGAGUAAGUGCCCAAUGUUGGUGGCAAGCUAGAGUAAGUGCCCAAUAUUGGUGGCAGGCUAGAGUAAGUGCCCAAUGUUGGCGGCAGGCUAGAGUAAGUGCCCAAUAUUGGUGGCAGGCUAGAGUAAGUGCCCAAUAUUGGUGGAAGGCUAGAGUAAGUGCCCACUGUUGGCGGCAAGCUAGAGUAAGUGCCCAAUGUUGGUGGCAGGCUAGAGUAAGUGCCCAAUGUUGGUGGCAGGCUAGAGUAAGUGCCCAAUGUUGGUGUGUGCCCAAUAUUGGUGGCAGGCUAGAGUAAGUGCCCAAUAUUGGUGGCAGGCUAGAGUAAGUGCCCAAUAUUGGUGGCAGGCUAGAGUAAGUGCCCAAUAUUGGUGGCAGGCUAGAGUAAGUGCCCAUUGUUGGCGGCAAGCUAGAGUAAGUGCCCACUGUAGGUGGCAAGCUAGAGUAAGUGCCCAAUGUUGGUGGCAAGCUAGAGUAAGUGCCCAAUGUUGGUGGCAAGCUAGAGUAACUAGAGUAAGUGCACAAUGUUGGUGGCAAGCUAGAGUAAGUUCCCAUUGUUGGCGACAAGCUAGAGUAAGUGCCCAUUGUUUGCGGCAAGCUAUAGUAAGUGCCCAAUGUUGGUGUCAAGCUAGAGUAAGUGCCCAAUGCUGUAUCUACUUUAGUACGAUGUCAACCCACUGUGACUUAAGGCAGCCAAGAUAUUACCUAAUCCUAGCAUUACCCCUUACAGUUGUAACAUAUGUUACUAGCAUUCCCACCUACAGUUGUAACAUAUGUCACCUAGUAUUCUCUCAAACAGUACAACUCUACCCACCAUGUCUCCUAGUAUUCUCUCAUACACUACACUACCCUAGUAUUCUCUCAGACAGUACAACUCUACCCACCAUGUCUCCUCCAGAUAUCAAGAAGAGAAGGGAUUCUACUGCCUGACAGAGACGGGUUGUCUGAGUUCCAACAAGGGACGUAAGUAUCCACCCAUGGAUGUCGAGUCCAGCAGAUACCUGGAUAAGUUCUUUAAAGACCACAACACGAACUUGAGGACUUUGUUAAGUGACAUUAAUUAUCCUUAUCCCCUGUGGUUAGCACAAACUUGACAUUAGAUAUCCCUACCUCAUCUGGUUAGCACAAACUUGACAUUAGAUAUCCCUAACUCAUGUGGUUAGCACAAACUUAACAUUUAUUAUCCCUACCCCAUGUGGUUAGAACAAACGCGACAUUAGUUAUCCCUAUCCACUGUGGUUAGCACAAACUUCACAUUAGUUAUCCUUAUCCCCUGUGGUUAGCACAAACUUGACAUUAGUUAUCCCUAUCCCCUAUGGUUAGCACAAACUUGACGUUAGAUUAUAUUAGAUAUUCCUGGCCCCUGUGGUAACAAAUUUUUUAUUUAUUAUCCCAAACCAAUGUGGUUAGCACAAACGUGUUUUGUAUCCUAAAAUACCUUCAUUUUGUAAGUAAGCCAGCAGUCCUAACCCAAAAACAGCUUUUGCACCAAAUAUUAUUAUUUAACUUAUUGAUGAAUUACUAUUUGUUUGACCAAAUAUUGUAUGAUGUAUGACCAUUUGUUGUACCAAAUAUUGUAUGAUGUAUGACCAUUUGUUUGACCAAAUAUUGUAUGAUGUAUGACCAGUUGUUGGACCAACUAUUGCAUAAUCAUUUGUUGUACCGG